AUGACCGGGUGCUACUCUUGUCAUGAAGGAGCUACGCUAAGAUUAAAAUGUAUGUCCACAAUCGACUCCUGGAUCUCACUGCAAUGUGAACAGGAGACAUUCCUAAUUGAGUGUGCUCCUUGGGAACCGAUGAACGAAUUACGACAUAAUACACAAGUCGCUAUUUUCAAAGGACUGUGUAAAACAACAUGUGCUGGUACUACCGAAGAGGUUGAUAUUCACGCUUCCUUGAAUUGGAAAGCGGAAAUUGAAACAAUGUCCGAAGAAAGGGUAAGUCGAACGGAUUCUCGAAACAUAGAUUGGAAGCCCAUGCUGCUGACAUUUCUACUACAAUGGAAAAAAUCCAUACUAAUUCUUGUGAUUCUCACAAUAGUACCAGGCGCCAUAUAUCUUCUGACCGCCUCGAUUCUGAGCGGAAUGCUGAUCAAAGUGACUAAUUUCAUUAGAAUAAUCAUCAUUGGGGUGCAAAAAGUUGCGAGUCUUUUGAUAACGCUAGCUUCCGAACCAGCUGGACCUCAGCCAGCUGUAGAUAUCUAA